UUGGACGAUCAGUUGGACGAUCAGUUGGUCGAUCAGUUGGACGAUCAGUUGGACGAUCAGUUGGACGAUCAGUUGGACGAUCAGUUGGACGAUCAGUUGGACGAUCAGUUGGACGAUCAGUUGGACGAUCAGUUGGACGAUCAGUUGGUCGAUCAGUUGGACGAUCAGUUGGUCGAUCAGUUGGACGAUCAGUUGGACGACAGUUAA